GAGCGACUGCUCAAAUUCGUAUAAAAAAUAAUAAUUUACAUCGAGAUUUGAGAGAAGUAAGACGAGCUCGUGAUCGAUUGCAACAGGAUUUAACUCAUGAGCAACGGAGGCGAUAUACUGCAGAGGCUGAGCGUGAUAAUGAAAUAAUAAAAAAGCAAGAGUUGCGAACUAAUGCUCAAAAUCAAUGA